AUGUGCUUCGGCUAUCAUGAAGUACCGGAAUUUUCCAACCUGCUAUGGAGAAUUUGUCAUGUCUUUUAAAGGUUCACCGGAUGUAGAGAUAUGGCUGUGGGUUCUCGUUCGACCCAGACCUGGGCGCUGAAAUCCUGAUGUGCUUUGUCACAUCAAAUGUAUCUGUAGACUGAGGAUGUGCUGCUCAAAUACCGCGUUUUUGAUGUUCCCUCGUGCGACGGUUGGGGUAUCGAAGCAAACCGUGGUCUACGUGAAGUGUACAAGCGGUGCCACAGGUCUUGACGUAGUUAUCUGUGGCGGCGAAACUGGGGAAAUGGACUAAAACGUUUCCCAGAAGAAAGGAAAGCGUUCAUUUUGGAUACUUCUUUGCCCAUGUUGUGCCGCCUGGACGAUUCCAUGGGGCUCUGUACAAGAUUGGUCGAUGAAUGUCUGCGUGUCCGCCGACGCACAGCAUAAGCUUGUGUGACUAACUACCGAAACAUGA